CACACACAACAUACUACUAAUCCACGUGAGUUAAACAAUAGGAACUGAUACACGUUCAUUCUACAAAAUGUCCAAACUACAUCUGCUGAAUGUGUUUCUUACCGAGCGAUUAACAGCGGCGGCUGUUGAGAUAUUUGUGGUCGUGGAAAAAACGGUAUCAGAGUACCAGGAAGAAAUCUCCCGUUCAAAGGAGGAGAUCGAUCGUCUACGGUUGCUGCUGGAUGUCGUUACUCAACCAAAGAUACAUUUGCAUAAAGCAGAUCCCCAGCAGCUAAUACUCCCUGUCCCUGAAGAGGGGGAGCAGCAGCACUGUGAGCAGGAGUGGUGGUGCACCAGUCUGGAGCAGGAGGACCCAGAGCCCAAACAGAUUAAAGAGGAACAGGAGGAGUUUGGGACAGGUCAGGAGGAAGAGCAGCUUCAGGGUCUGGAGUCUGAUAUCAAAGAGUUCAUAAACAAUCCUUCCUUUGUGAAAAGUGACUGUGAUCAGGACCCACCUCAGCCCUCACAUCUUUACCAAAUCCAAAUGGUGGAGAAUAGAGAGAGGGAUCAUAUGAGGACACACACUGGAGAGAAACAAUAUCAGUGUAGUGAAUGUGGAAAAUGCUUCAGCCAGAAGAUAUGCCUGGAAGAACAUAUGGUGACUCACAAAAGAGAGAAACCACAUCAAUGUGAAAACUGUGGUAAAUUUUUUAGCCUCAAGCAUAACUUAACAGUCCAUAUGAGGAUACACACGGGAGAGAAACCAUAUCAGUGCAAAGAAUGUGGCAAAUGCUUUGGUUACACCAAAUCCCUGGCAAAGCAUAUGAGGAGUCAUACAGGAGAGAGACCAUAUCAGUGUUGUUAUUGUGGCAAAUGCUUCACUCAGAAGUUUAGCCUGAAAGAACAUAUUAGUAUUCACACAGGUGAGAAACCAUAUAAGUGCCCCAUGUGUGUAAAAUGCUUCAGGGCAGCACGAUUUCUAAAACAGCACCAACAGAUUCACAGAGAACAACCAUAUUGCUGACUUUUUUGUGGUUAAUGCUUCACUUGUAAGAACUGAGGAUGAGGAUGAACACAGAGUGAGAAACAUGACAUUGCUGCUUAGGGCAAAAUCUUUCUCUCACUUGUGCAGUAAGACCUUUCGAUAGUAAAAGCUGAUGUUUCAUAACCCAUCUGAGCAUGGCACAAAAGUGGAUAGUAUGUUUUGUAGAACUAGUAUUUUUAGUUUACACAGUAAGCUUUUUAAGUUUGUCCCAACAUAUGAGUCUCCCAUUUGGAUUACACCUUAAAGUCACAGCAAACUAGUACAUUGGUGUUAUCUAAAUACAUAAAGGAUGUCUACAUUUUGAUGGGAAAGUGCUUCACAUUUGAAGACAUGCUACCUUAUACCUGUAGUGGCAGGACAAACAAACCCAUCAGGUCAAUGAUCUUGGUUAAAUAUACAGUGCCUUUGCUAUGAGACUCAAAAUUGAGAUCAGGUGCAUCCUGUUUCCAUUGAU